CCGACAGAGAAUUAACCACUCGCUCACGACAAGUCGUAGUGAGAGGACGCAAAUUCAAAAACAUUGCGAUACGCGAUAACGUUUUUUUUUGUGUGGUUAAGUGCUGUGGGGUUUAAGUUGUUCCAGUUUUUUUCUUCUGAUAUAUGAGUUUGCAUGGAACUAAAUGCAAGUUGGUUGCAAUCUGUGAGCAGUGAACCAAUUUAUUGUGAUCACAUAGAUAAACUGAUUUCACAUAGCAUUAAGAAUUGAAGGAGUUGGCAAGUGUCGUUGAAAAAGAAUACAAACAAAUUAGAGGUGCAUAAGGUCCAAACGACUCCAAACUAGAAAUGUUUUCGUCACUAAGUUCUUACAUCUGGGGAGAAACGGAGAGCGGCAGUCCCCUGGAAGAAAUAACGUUCACCAUCAAUGGAAAGGCACACACUGUUAAUGCAAAAACUGUCCCGGUUGACACCUCGCUGAAUACCUUCAUUCGUAACCAUGCCCAUCUCAGCGGGACUAAGUUCAUGUGCCUGGAAGGAGGAUGCGGUGCUUGUGUGGUCAACGUGAAUGGCAUCCAUCCCGUAACCAAAGAGAAAGCUUCUUGGGCUGUCAACUCUUGCCUAUUCCCGGUUUUCUCCUGUCAUGGGAUGGAUAUUCUAACGAUCGAAGGAAUUGGUGGGAAAAAAGAUGGUUACCAUCCAGCACAGCAGCGAUUGGCUCACUUUAAUGGAACCCAGUGCGGGUAUUGCUCCCCGGGAAUGGUCAUGAACAUGUACAGUUUGCUCGAGGCGAAGAAGGGUCAAGUUUCGAUGAAGGAGAUCGAGAACUCCUUUGGCGGAAACAUUUGUCGGUGCACCGGAUAUCGCCCAAUUCUUGAUGCUUUCAAGUCACUGGCGGUAGAUGCGGACGAGAAGUUGGUGAAGGCUUGUCAGGAUAUAGAAGAUCUGCAGAAGGUUUGCCCCAAAACGGGUACUGCAUGCGCGGGAAAAUGUUCACCGGGUGAACCUAAAGUAGUCAGCAAGCAACCGGUUCGAAUGGUGUUUGAUAAUAAAAGCGAGUGGCAUAAGGUUUACAAUAUGAACGAUAUAUUUGCCAUUUUUGAUCAAAUUGGAGAGAAGCCAUACAUGCUUGUUGCUGGAAAUACUGCUCACGGAGUUUACCGACGUAACGAAAAUCUUCAAGUUUUCAUCGAUGUCAACGCAGUCGAUGAGCUGCAUGCUCAUACUCUGGGAAACGAAUUGGUUGUCGGUGGAAGCGUAUCUCUAACCGAAUUCAUGGAUAUACUUACGGAUGCUGCCAACAAAAAUAACAAAUUCAGCUACUGCAAGGAACUAGUGAAACACAUCGACCUGAUUGCGAACGUUCCAGUGCGUAACUCGGGAACGAUUGCGGGAAAUCUCAGUAUCAAAAAUCAACACCACGAGUUUCCAUCGGAUAUCUACUUGAUUUUGGAAGCUGCUUGUGCAAUGCUGACUAUUGCUGAAAACGGUAGUAAAACGAGUACUGUCAGUCCAAUGGAUUUCGUACACAUGGACAUGAAAAAGAAGGUGAUUAAAAACGUGAUUCUCCCGGCGAUGGAUCCUGCUGUGCACUUCUUCCGAUCAUUCAAAAUCAUGCCUCGGGCGCAAAAUGCCCACGCCUACGUAAAUGGUGCAUUCCUCAUAAAAACAAGUGCCAACUUGGAUAGCGUGGAACUGGCUCGAAUUUGUUUUGGCGGAAUCAAUCCUGACUUCACCCAUGCCGUGAAUACCGAAAAGUUGUUGGUAGGCAAAAAUCUGUUCAUCAAUGAUACAAUCCAAGCUGCCAUCAACACCUUAACUACCGAACUGGACCCGGAUUGGAUUUUACCAGAUGCUUCAGUAGAAUAUCGGAAGAAUCUAGCUAUUUCCUUGUUUUACAAAUUCACACUCGCAAUCAUACCUGAAGGUCAAUACAGUCUUAAACCGGAGUACAAAUCUGGUGGAACUCUCAUGGAGCGCCCACUUUCAUCGGGAAAACAGACCUUCGAUACCAUCGAAAAAAAUUGGCCGUUAACCAAGAACAUUCCCAAGAUUGAGGCUUUGGCUCAAACUGCUGGAGAAGCGAAGUAUGCCAAUGACCUUACACCGCAACCUGGUGAGCUCUACGCUGCGUUCGUUUUGGCUACACAAGCUCACUCUAGAAUCGCUAAAAUGGAUGCAUCUGAUGCUCUGAAAAUGCCCGGCGUUGUAGCUUUCUUUGCUGCAAAGGAUAUUCCUGGGAUCAAUAAUUAUAUGCCAGCUGGACUAGGCAAUCAAGAUGUUGAAGAAAUCCUGUGCAGUGGAGAUGUUCAAUUCCACAGUCAACCAUCAGGUAUCAUAGUAGCAGAAACGUUCAACCAAGCCCAGAAGGCAGCCAAGGCCGUUGUUAUAACAUACGAGAAGAAAAGUAAUCGGCCACUGUAUCCGACUCUGAAGUCGGUCAUGGACGUUGACGCUCGGGAUCGUUUCUAUGACAUGUCUUUCGACAAGAAAGGAAAAGGAUAUAGAGUAGCUCAGGCAGCAACGGCUACCAAAAAUAUCAAGGGACGUUUCGAACUAGCCGGACAAUACCACUACACAAUGGAAACGCAAACGUGUGUUUGUGUUCCGAUUGAGGAUGGUAUGGAUGUUUACAGUUCCACACAAUGGAUGGAUUUGACGCAAGUGGCGAUCGCUGAAUCAAUUAAAGUUCCUCAAAACAGUCUCAAUAUGUACGUUCGUCGCUUAGGUGGAGGAUAUGGCGCCAAAAUUUCCAGAGCAACGCAUAUCGCUUGUGCUUGUGCUCUGGCUGCUCAUUCAUUGCAGAGACCCGUACGGUUUGUUCUUCCAAUCGAAACCAAUAUGUCCGCUAUUGGCAAACGCUAUGGUUGUAUCAGUGAUUAUGACGUAGAUGUAGAGAAAAACGGUAAAAUUACAAAGAUGAACAACCACUAUGUACAGGACUAUGGAGUAUCGUUGAACGAAUCGGUACAAAGUGCCACUACCGAGUUCUUCAAAAACUGCUACGAUGCAAAGACAUGGAAAAUUGUUGGCAAAGCUGUGAAGACAGAUGCCCCCAGCAACACGUGGUGUCGAGCACCAGGAACAACUGAAGGAGUCGCAAUGAUCGAAAACAUUAUGGAGCAUAUCGCGCACGAAACCGGACAGGAUCCCUUGGAAGUUCGUAUGGCAAACAUGGCUGCUGAUAAUAAGAUGAAAACAUUGAUGCCACAGUUUAGAAGUGACGUAAAGUACGAUGACCGUAAACGUGCUAUUGACGAGUUCAACGCUAACAACCGUUGGAAGAAACGUGGAAUCGCCGUAGUACCAAUGCAGUAUUGGUUGGACUAUUUUGGGCAGUUGAACGCUAUUGUAUCAGUUUAUGCUGGAGAUGGCACAGUGUCGGUCACUCAUGGUGGUAUCGAAAUGGGACAGGGUAUGAAUACAAAGGUAGCACAAGUUACAGCGUAUGUCUUGGGAAUUCCACUGGAAAAGGUUUGUGUAAAACCGUCUACGAGUAUGACAUCGCCAAACGCAAUAGUUACGGGUGGCAGCAUGACCAGUGAGGCUGUUUGCUUCGCGGUCAAAAAAGCUUGUGAGACGCUGUUGCAACGUAUGAAACCGGUUCGCGAUGAAAAUCCUGGUGCUCCAUGGGAGAUGAUUGCUAAGCUAUCUUACGUAAAGAACAUCGAUUUAUGCUCGGAAGCUCAAUACAAAGCCCAGGAUAUUAAAGCUUAUUACAUCUGGGGUCUCAGUUGUGCUGAAGUGGAGGCUGACAUCCUCACUGGAAACGUACAAGUUACGCGGGUAGAUAUUCUGGAGGACACGGGAGAAAGUAUCAGCCCCGGUAUCGACGUGGGCCAAAUCGAAGGUGCUUUUGUGAUGGGCAUAGGAUAUUAUUUGACCGAGGCGCUCGUCUACGAUAACGAAUCCGGUGCUCUCCUAACGAAUCGCACGUGGACUUACAAGCCACCAGGUGCUAAAGAUAUUCCCAUUGAUUUUCGCGUCAACUUCCUACGCAGUAGUGCAAAUCCGGCUGGAGUUCUGCGGUCCAAAGCAACCGGUGAACCAGCUCUGAAUAUGACAAUCGUGGUUCUAUUUGCUUUGCGGUACGCCUUACGCUCUGCACGGAAAGACGCUGGAUUACCAGAUAACUGGAUUCCGAUGGGAACUCCCACAACUCCAGAUCAGGUUUAUAUGUUGGCGGGAAAUACUACCGAGCAGUACAUGUUAAAUUAGGCAAUCAUGUGAUGUUUUAUACAAUGUUUCAAAUAUUGGUGCUGGAAUAUAAGUAUUUAUGGUCAAUAAAUAUAAAAUACUGUUAUGAUUCA